AUGUAUACAACCCGAUUAUCAUGGGCGCUGCUUGCCUGCGGCAGUCUGUGUACCACCGGCGCAGCACAGGCUACAUCGCCUGACAAAUACACCUUUAGUGAGCUCUGGGAUUUGCAGAACGUUCUCUGGAAAAACUUUGUGUAUCCAAACAAUUUGAAACAGAUAAAUGCCACCGAUGAAUCUGUUUUCACGCCCGAAGUCGAAGGUCGUGUGGACGUGACCCGUACAUUCGACGGCCGCGAGCUCAACGCUGAGUACAUCUUCGGACUCUUCUCAGAGCCCGAUCAUGUCAGUCUUGUCGGGGUACCGAUUGAAUACAACAUCACGCAGUUCGUCGCGAACGACGAUAUCGCUUCCGCCACGACCGUGUUCAACUUCAAUGCGACGACAUUUGGUCUAGUUGUCCCUGUCACCAUAGACACGUGGAUCCAGUGGAAUGACGAUGGCAAGAUCGUGCGCUACGAUGCUACCUUCCGCUGGUUCGAUCAUCUCAUCGAAACCCUCUUCGGUGCCAUGGGGAAGAAACUGAACACAACGUCCGAGGAACAGAUUGCAGAGCAUAUCAGCCAGGUCCUAGCGCAGACAAUCUGCAAGACACACGAGGAAAAUUGUCACGGCGAGAAUCAGCAGUAUGAGAGUACGGACCAGUGCCUCGACUUCUUGCUCAAUCAGACGCGUUUCGGGAAGCCGUUUGAGUUGGGUCGCGAUACGUUGCUUUGCCGUGAAGUGCAUGAGCUGAUGGUCAAGUAUCGACCAGAAAUCCACUGCUCGCACAUUGGUCCGACUGGAGGGGAUUACUGCGUUGACGAUAGGCCGUAUAUGAAGGUGGUAACGGAGCAGUAUUUUAGCGAGUCAUGGAUUCCGUUUGGAUAUGGGAAGGGGCAGAAUAUCUGGCUUCCUUGA